UCAUGCUGCUGCCAGGUCCAGAGUCUCUCAUGGGUCCCUGUACGGCCUCCCAUUGCUGCUGUCUCCAUCGCCACACUCUGCCAUGUGCCACUUUCAGGUCUCCUCACACUGCUGGUGUGUUCCAUUUUUUGUCAUAGGGUGCUGGCAGAUUACGGGCCUCCCAUAGCUGCUGCCAGGCCCCUAAUCUGCCAUGGGCCCCUAUACCGCCUCCUCAUGCUGCUGCCAAGUCCAGAGUCUCUCAUGGGUCCCUGUACGGCCUCCCAUUGCUGCUGUCUCCAUCGCCACACUCUGCCAUGUGCCACUUUCAGGUCUCCUCACACUGCUGGUGUGUUGAAUUUUUUG